CCUGCCCUUCCCGAGCCGGCGUCAGCGGCGGAGUGCGCAGGCGCGGCCUGCGGGUUUCCCCGGCUACAGUCGGCGCUCCGGCCCGCUAGUCCGCCGCCGGCUCUUCCGCCGCCCGCCCUGCGCCAUGGCGGGCUGCGCGGCGCGGGUUCCGCCGGGCUCCGAGGCGCGCCUCAGCCUCGCUACCUUCCUGCUGGGCGCCUCGGUGCUCGCCCUGCCGCUGCUCACGCGCGCCGGCCUGCAGGGCCGCACCGGGCUGGCGCUGUACGUGGCCGGGCUCAACGCGCUGCUGCUGCUGCUCUACCGGCCGCCGCGCUACCAGAUAGCCAUCCGAGCUUGUUUCCUCGGCUUUGUGUUUGGCUGCGGUGUGCUGCUAAGUUUCAGCCAGUCCUCUUGGAAUCACUUUGGCUGGUACGUGUGCUCGCUGUCCUUAUUCCACUAUUCUGAGUACUUAGUGACAGCUGUCAAUAAUCCCAAAAGCCUGUCCUUGGACUCCUUCCUCCUGAACCACAGUCUGGAGUACACAGUGGCUGCUCUUUCUUCCUGGAUAGAGUUCACACUGGAAAACAUCUUUUGGCCAGACCUGAAACAGAUCACCUGGCUCAGCACCACAGGGCUGCUGAUGGUGGUGUUUGGAGAGUGCCUGCGGAAAGCGGCCAUGUUUACAGCUGGCUCUAAUUUCAACCACGUUGUGCAGAGUGAGAAGUCAGACACCCACACUCUGGUGACGAGUGGGGUGUAUGCCUGGUUCCGGCAUCCCUCCUACGUGGGGUGGUUUUACUGGAGUAUCGGGACCCAGGUGAUGCUGUGUAACCCGAUCUGCGGUGUCGUCUACGCCCUGACGGUGUGGCGCUUCUUCCGUGACCGCACAGAAGAGGAAGAGAUCUCGCUCAUUCACUUUUUUGGGGAGGAGUACUUGGAGUACAAGAAGAGGGUGCCCACGGGCCUGCCUUUCAUCAAGGGGGUCAAGGUGGAGUUAUGACGGGCAGAGGCCUGUGGGGCCAGGCAGUCUCCGGCCCUACACAGCCUAAGACAAAGCUACUUCUGGUUGGCCACUGCAGAAUGAGUUUCUUAAUCAUUUUAUAUGUCACUAAUUACUCCUCAGAAUGUCACCCAAGACCUAAUGGUCAGAAGGCCUUAGCAGCAAAGGACACAGCGCAGCACCCCCUGCCCGUUGGGACGAAGGCAGAUAACAGCGAACGUGGGGCGUGGCUCCUCAGUGCCCUUUGUACAGCGGCAGGGUGAGGACCCAAGCCACAGCGCCAGCGCCAGAGUGUAUAGUCAGAGCUGCCGCACUGCAGCGUUCAGACUGCAUCAGAGAGCUUUAAUUUCACCGAAAACACAACAUAGCUUUAACCGUGGUCUGCCCCAGAGUGCACGAGCGUCUGCGCUAAGUCUCAAGCUUCCACUUUUUAGCUCAUCAUACUUGUCAUCAUCUUUAUACUCCAGUUAGUUCCCUACAAACAGCAGUGUACAUUCAGGGGACACCGAUGCUUCCUGCCAUGCUGUUUCUAACUCCAGGCAGCACAGACCCCUCAGUGCUCUGGCUUUGAGCAGCCAUUGUACCCAGGCCUGAGGAUGCGGGCCCCAGGGUCUCCUGCAGCCCCGGCCUCUGCGAUUCUGUCCCCCAGGAAGUAUUUACCAGGUGCCUGUGCUAAUAUCGAGAAAUACUGCCCUCUGUGUGUUUGGGAUUUUUAUUCUCUUUUUUUUAUCAUAGCUUUUUUUUUGUGUGUGUUUGUGUGUGUGUGUGUGUGUGUGUGUUGCAGUGUUAGUCUGUCACAUUUGUUUUCUGUACUCUUUCAAAGGAAGUCACCCCUACGCUGCUUCAAGUGUUUUAUGUUUGUUUUCCAGAGGGUCCAGCAUAGCUCAUGCACCUGCGUGUUCAGGCCGUUGACCCUUGAAUAGCCUUGGGUUGGGCAGCACAGUCCAAGUCCACUGGCGCCCUCAUUCUGCAGGUCUGGGGAGGAUAUUCAGCUUUUUUUUUUUUUUUUUUUAAUUGUUGUUGCACAUAAAAGCUUUAAGCAUUACGACCAUUGAUCAAUCUGGACUUGGUCUUGAUGUGAGAUCCUUCCAACAUGGGGUUUGUUCUCAAAGCUUCUACUUGCAGAUGUAGAAGAGUCUUCGUGUGCAACAGACAAACAUGAGCACAGCUCCGUAAAGAACCCACUCGGAAAAUUAGUGUGUGUCGGCUAACACUUGGCUCUGAUAGUGCUGCCAGCACCCGUCACUUCCUGCCACCAUCGACAGAAUCCGGAUCAGCCUGUAGAGAGCUCUGUGCAGCCAGGCUCUCAGACUCAGAAACACCGUCCGUCUGUCCGUCCAUCUGUCACCCUCCUCCCACGGACCACUGAGCAGAGACGUUCUUAACUGACUCACUGCAGGGUUGGAAAGGAUGCACACUCAGUAUUCCCAGCGUUGAGUCUAGCCUUCCGGGAAUCCUGAGUACAGCUCUCCUCCAGGCCUUAGAAGACUUCCGUCCCUUCACAAGCACACCAGUGCGCAGAAGCACACUUCCAAACGUUGGACCAUGGUGUUGCUAAGCAUGCUGGUAGCUCGCUGUACCUAGGCUGGGUCUCCACCAGGCACCACAGUGUGGGGUUGGUAAUUACCGCCAACCUCGGAGCCAGUGGGACAGCAGGCCACAGGGUGGGUGGGUGCCCUGGGCUUUGAUGUUGGCAGUGGUGACUUGUAUAUAUCCUCGGGAAACUACAUCACGACAGUGCAGCCAGCAGGGGACCCGCCACUCCCCGGAUGGCUGGCUCAAGGCAGGACUGGUGUCCCCUGCCUCAGCAGAGAUAACGGGCUCAUGCGAUCGGUGAGAAGUGGGUGCAGGAACAGUGUCCCGUGAACACUCAGACCCAGCGACUCCGGAGGACAUUGUGAUGGAGGGUGCUCCAGCCAGGAGGGUGGCUAAGGUUAGUGUGGGUGAGUGCUGAAUAUUGAGAUAGCUUAGGAUCUUGUCCUUAGCUUAGGAACAGUGGGGGGUUGGUAUCCCGUGGCAGGAUUCAACCAGAGUUGUCGACAUCUUGGGGGCUGUGUAAAUGGGGAAUUCUAGCAUGUUCUUGCCAUAAUAGGUGUUCCAUCAACACGGAGGUGAUCCCAAUACCUGCUCCUACACCAAGACUUAUGAGAAUCCAGAAACCUCAAAGACUUGUGCCCUGGUCAGUCAGCGUAGGAAGCCAGGGAGGCAGGUAGAGCAGAGAAUUCACCCAGCUGGAAGCACUCCAGCCAGCCUGCAGGCCACAUUCACCACUGAGGAGCAGGCAUCUGAAACUGGCUCUCAGAGAGGCCUGCAGAGCCUGAGUGAACCACAGGGAAAAGAUGUCCUAACAGGCCAGAACCCCAAGACUGCUUCCAGACCCUGCAGAGGCACUAACUGACGGUGAAGAGCAUUGCCCCCUUCCUGUGCUUAGGAACCCAUCCCCCACCUUCCUGUGCUUAGGAACCCAUCCCCCCAUCCUGUGCUUGGGAACCCAUCCCCCACCCUCCUGUGCUUAGGAACCCACCAGUAGGAUGGGACUGGGACCACCUACCUCACAGGGCUGUUGUGAGGACUUUGAACAGUGUCAGAUUUCUUUCUGAGAUAAGAGGUUUUAUUGUUUUGCAAUUUCAUUGUAUAUCAUAUUUAAUCCUAACCCCCCCCCCCAGCGUUUCCUACCCUCAUGCCGUUUUCCAAACCCAUCUCUUUUGUGUCCUUAUUUUUUCUUAAAACAUUUUUUAAAAAUUUCUUUAUUGUCUCUUUGGGAGUUUCACAUCAUUCACCCCAGUUCUGCUCACCUCCCCCUCCAUGCCCCCCAUGUCACAUUUUAAUGUUUAGGUGAGCCAGAUGGCAUGAUGGAGUCUUAUAGUAUGAGAACUGGGUUUCUAUGUGUUAAAUGAAGAUAGCCGAUGCAUGUUGAAAAAGCAUCUAGUCAGCUCAAAAGUUUUUUUUAGAUCACAUGGCUUUUUUUUUUUCCCCCUAAAUACCAAAGAGGCUUACAGGUUUGCCAGUUACCAAUAUGAGACCAGUUGGUAUAGGAGGUGCCAACCCUCAGGUCCUCUUGAGGCCAGCAGAGCUCUGGCAACUGUGUCUAAUGUCCACACCAAGCUGCCCAGGCAUAAGCAUGGUGGGACAGCAAUACUCAGAUUUGAAGUGGGUGGAGCCGGACCACACCUAACCCAUCCUACUCACCAGGCUGCAGAUGAGAGGGGAUGGAGGUUUGGCAGUCGUACCCAGCUCUUUCUCAGUGCAUCUAAGCUGGGCUGGCUCCAGCCUCCAAUCCCCCUUGAGGGCCGUGAAGUUGUCUUUUUGACAGAUGGAGAGCAGGCCGUGGCAUUGUGGGUUUUAAGGCUGACUGUUGGCAUUUGAAGUCACCCUCCACCAGACAGAGGCUGGAAAGCUCAGCCUUAUGACAGGCCAGGAGAGAGGGAGCCCAGGCUGUGGGAUCUCUUGGUGGGAAGCUGCAUUGUACCCUAGGAGACUUACAGGCUGUGUCUCUAAAGAAUAAUUCCAAGGGUGUGAGUGGAGGAGGGACAGGACCACCCUCCCGAAACUUUAGGGUGGAAAUGAGCAAUCCACACGGAGUGCGAGUCCUUAGCAGUAGGAUUAGCAGGUGAUUGCUCUGUUGCUGUGGCCUAGAGAUUGUUCUUAACUUACUAAGUAUAGCAGUGACAGGCGGUGUCAGAAUCAGGCUAAUGGGGCUUUUCAGGGAUUAGACAGGCUGCCUUGUCUUUGGGCUUCCAUGAAUUAUGGAACUGUCAGGAGACUGACUUGUCUAGUUGCAGGCUUUAGAGUGAAAGUUCCUGGGUGGAAAUUGAGAACUGCACAGAGAAGGCUACAUGGCAGUCGUGGAAGCAUUCAGGGGGUCCUGCAGCUGCUGCAGGCAGGUGUGGCUGUUUGCAGAGGAGUGAGCCUUCAAGAAGGGCAGAAAACAGUGGUGGCCGCUGCAGGAGCUGCUGCUUAGGCCCAGGAUGUACAUUUUAUUAAUUCGUCCUAUGUAGUUGCUAACUUGGGGGCUGGUGUAUCAGGGAGGCCGUUUUUAGUGUCCGGUCCCCGAGGGCUCAGCCAAAACCCCUAGGUUGCCUCCCCGAACAGCCAGUGAGUCCUCCCUGUCCCUCCUCCCCUUGGGUAGCUCGGCUUUUACAGUGACACGAGGUUGGGGCCCGCAGCCUUCCCAGUGGGUGGGCAACUGCAUGGCUCUGAAGCUUGUCCCUUGCUCAUCCUGAGCAUGGCCAGCCUCCAUCCGGAGUGGAGGCAGCUUGUCUGACCCAUUGCAAGGAGGGGGAUCGUGGAGUAAUUACUUCUUUUUACACACAGAAAUGUUUAUUUAAAUAUAUUAAAUGGGAUUUUUCUUUCGCAGAUACCGAUUAUUCUUUCUAAUUCUUAAAUAAAACUGUACUUGAUUUCACUAAUAAA